CAUCGAUAUCUUCCCGUCCGUCUUUGCUGACUCCGUCCCCCGAACACCAGGCAUCUCGCUGUCCUCUGCCACCAAGUACCACGACAACGGAACGUACAAUCAAAGACCUGCGCAUACUGCCUUACGCAUCGAGAUAGCAACCGCCACUACUCCCCCUGAUCGCAUACCUUUGGCUAUACACAUACGACCGCCAUGACAGGCCGGUCUCGUCGCGGGGUUAAGUUCCCCCACAGCGGCCGUCGCAGCAGCAUGAGCGAGGCCAGCGAAGAGAGCUCCCCCUCCAAGACCAGGGCGCUCGCGAAUAUCCAAGAGAAAUCAAAGGAUGCCGGCGACAACCAGCAGCUUUCCGAUUACGAAAAGAAAAAGGCCAACUUCAUCGAGCGCACCCUAUGGACCUUCGUCAUGAUCGCUGGCUUCUUCGCCGCCCUCUUCAUGGGCCACAUCUACAUUGUCGUCAUCAUCACGGCCGUCCAGAUCAUCUCCUUCAAAGAGGUCAUUGCCAUCUCGAGCGGAGCUAGUCGCGCCCGGGACAUUCAGUCUACCAAGAGCUUGAAUUGGUACUGGCUGGCGGUAGCCAUGUAUUUUCUACACGGCGAAACCGUCAUUUACUACUUCAAGCAUAUUGUCAUGGUCGAUAGAGUCCUCCUGCCGCUGGCUACCCACCACCGCUUCAUCUGUUUCACCCUUUACGUCGUUGGCUUCGUCUUCUUCGUCAGCACUCUCAAGGGUGGCCACCUCAAGUUCCAGUUCACCCAGUUCGUCUGGGCGCACAUGGCCCUGUUCCUCAUUGUCGGCCAGUCGCACUUUAUCAUGAACAACGUCUUCGACGGCUUGAUCUGGUUCUUCCUCCCCGCCGCCCUCGUCAUCACCAACGACAUCUUUGCCUACGUCUGCGGCAUCACCUUUGGCCGCACCCAGCUGAUCAAGUUGUCUCCCAAGAAGACGGUGGAGGGUUUUCUGGGUGCCUGGGUCAUGACCGUCCUCUUCGGCAUUCUACUCACCCAUAUUCUGAUGCGCUCCCGCUUCUUCAUCUGCCCUGCUAACGACCUGGGCGCCAACAUCUUUACCGGACUGGAUUGCGAGCCCAACCCGGUUUUCAUCCCCCAGACCUGGACCAUGCCCGAGUUGCUGUUCUUCCCCACCAAGACGCGCUUUAGCAUCACCAUGGCGCCAAUGCAGAUCCACACCUUCUUUUGGGCCACGUUCGCUUCCCUGAUCGCGCCGUUCGGUGGCUUCUUUGCUUCGGGUCUUAAGCGCACGUUCAAGAUCAAAGACUUUGGCCACUCGAUUCCGGGCCAUGGCGGUAUUACCGAUCGCAUGGACUGCCAGUUCAUCAUGGGCUUCUUCGCCUACAUUUACUACCACACUUUCAUCGCGCAGUCCAAGGUCGAUUUCGACGAGGUGUUGGAGAUUGUGGCGACCCGGUUGACCAUUGACGACCAUAAGAAGUUGUUGCUGUUCAUUGCAAAGUAUCUGGUCAACCACAACGCUAUUGAUUCUUCGGUGAGUGCUUAACCUGUUUCCUGUGCCGGUUGACGACCCAUCAUUACUUGCUAACAUU